UUUAUUUAUACAGUUGAAGGUCUAAAUGUAUCUUGAGAGUUUGAAACUACUGCCACGAAUUCAAAUUGUUAAAUUCAGUGUUCAAUGUAUUAAAUGUUACCAAAUUUGAAAUAUAAUAUAAAUAUAAUUUUUGUUUAAUUAUCACACAGAUAGUUAAAAAUAAUGAGUUUAAUACCAUAUCUACGAUCUAUAUUAAUUAAUCAAAAUAAUGUUGCGAAAAGAUAUUUACAUGUCAGCACAGUACUUCAUAAAGUACAAGCUGGACGUUAUAGACCAAAACCAAAGGUAAUGCAACCAUUGACAUAUGAAAUGGCAUAUCCACCACAUGAAAUUGCUUCUAAAAAGUCAUGGAACUCAUGGAAUACAUCAAAUGUAAAGGAUGGUAAUAGGCCAUCAGAAACUACCAUAGAAGAUUUGUUUAUUCGAAAUUUUGUAGAAGGAACUUGGCAUGGAUUGAUUGCAAGCGAGAUAAUUAUUAAACGUCAACACAAUAUCAUAAGGAUCGCUGGCAUUGUUAUGCGCAAAGUAACACCCAUUAAAAUGCACUUUUUACUUGGUUAUACUGAAGAACUUUUGAGCUAUUGGUUACAUUGUCCAGUAAAGAUGGAAAUAUUAACAGUAAAUGACAAAGAUGACGUUGUAUAUAAAAUUAUUUAACAUGUUCAUAGGUCCUAAUUAUUCUGAUAUAUAGAUCUAAGAACUGUGAAGAUGUUAAUUGUAGCAUAAUUGUUAUAAUUAAGCUAUAGUUGUUAAAAUUACAUUGCAUAAAUAAAAGUAAAUUUACAAUUA